GAAAGAUCUAUAUAUAAAUAGGCAGAAGAAGUGGUAGUAGGCUGUGAACUUUGAUUUCUUUGGGAUUAGAAAACUUCCCGAAAGCUGAAGUUAGCCGGAGGGGCACCCAAAGCCAGAUUGUGCAGUUGCUUGAAGAAUCGGAAGAUGGGAAGAGGAAAAAUUGAGAUCAAGAGGAUCGAGAACACAACCAAUCGUCAAGUCACCUUCUGCAAGCGAAGAAAUGGACUCUUGAAGAAAGCUUAUGAAUUAUCAGUCCUCUGUGAUGCAGAAGUAGCACUUAUCGUCUUCUCCACUCGAGGACGCCUUUAUGAGUACUCCAACAACAACAUAAAAGCUACUAUAGAGAGGUACAAGAAGGCAUGCUCGGACGACGGCACAGGUACAAGCUCUAUGGAAGAAAUAAAUGCUCAGUAUUACCAACAAGAAUCAGCGAAGCUGCGGCAACAGAUACAAAUGCUGCAGAAUUCUAACAGGCACUUAAUGGGUGAUGCCCUGACUUCUCUGAGUAUCAAGGAUCUAAAGCAACUGGAGACCAGGCUUGAACGAGGCGUCUCCAGAAUCAGGUCAAAGAAGAAUGAAAUGUUGCUGGCUGAUAUUGACUGCUUGCAGAAAAGGGAGAUUCAACUGGAAAGCGAAAAUCUUUGUCUUCGAGCAAAGAUAGCAGAAAUUGAAAGGCUUCAGCAAACAAACUUGAAUAUUUGUGGACCAGAGCUGAAUGCAAUCCAUGCAUUAUCCCGAAAUUUCUUCAGUCCGAUCAUGGUCGAGGGUGAAACCCCCUACUCACAACCUGAGCAGAAGAUACUUCGUCUUGGGUAAUUAAAUUGUUGGACUGCAAAUCUGCAUUGGGUGUCUUGAUAUAGUACCUAAAUAAAGAUGCCGUCGUCUGCUCUAUCUGUGUCACUAAUUAAUGUUAUUUUGUAUUGCUUUACGUUAGCGUACAUCAGUU